CCUCCCUUUCCCGGUCGGCGGCGUAAUGGCGGCUCCCAGAGCCCCGGGGGCUGCGCUCGGAGGCGGGGAAGACGGUGACGGCGGUCGCGGCGGAGCCGGGGCUGUCAGUAACGAGGAUGGUCAGGACUGCAUCCUGGAGCCGCUGUCCCUGCCCGAGGGCGCGGGGCGCAGUGGCACCCCCGAAGGCUCGCCCUCGGUGCCCUGUAUCUUCUGUGAAGAGCACUUCCCCACGGCUCAGCAGGACCCGCUUCUGAAGCACAUGAUCAUCGAGCACAAGCUCGUCAUAGCCGAUGUCAGGCUGGUCGCUGACUUCCGAAGGUACAUCCUGUACUGGAGGAGGAGGUUCAGGGAGCAGCCCAUCACCGACUUCUGCAGCGUGAUCCGAAUCAACUCCACCGCUCCGCUGGAAGAGCAGGACAGCUACUUCCUGCUGUGUGACGUGCUGCCGGAGGACCGGGUGCUGAGGGAGGAGCUGCAGGCGCAGAGACUGAAAGGAAUUCUGGAGCAGCAGCAGCGGGAGCGCAAUGACAACAACUUCCAUGGCAUCUGCAUGUUUUGCGAUGAGGAAUUCCUCGGGAACAGAUCUGUGCUUUUGAACCACAUGGCCAGAGAGCAUGCCUUCAACAUCGGGCUGCCGGACAACAUCGUGAACUGCGGUGAAUUCCUGCGCACGUUGCAGAGAAAGCUGGACAACCUGCAGUGCCUGUACUGCGAGAGGACCUUCAGGGACAGGAGCCUGCUCAAGGACCACAUGCGGAAGAAGCAGCACCGCAGGAUCAACCCCCGCAACCGGGAGUACGACCAGUUCUACGUCAUCAACUACUUGGAACUUGGAAAAUCAUGGGAAGAGGUUCAGUCGGAAGACGACCGGGAGCUGCUGGAGCAGCAGGAAGAGGACUGGUCGGACUGGAGAGUGCCCGUCCCCGUCUCCGCCGUGUGUCUGUUCUGUGAAAAGCAAGCGGAAACGACGGAGCAGCUGUGCGCCCACAUGGAGGAGGCGCACGGAUUUGACCUCCUCAGAACAAAGGCAGAGCUCGGACUGAAUUUCUAUGAGCAAGUGAAGCUGGUCAACUUCAUCCGACGGCAGGUUCACCAAGGCCGAUGCUACGGCUGCUGCACCAGGUUUCCAUCCAGGGCCGACCUGGGGGCCCACCUGGUGGAGGCCAAGCACGCGGCCCUGCUCCCCGACAGGAGGACCUGGGACCAGCCCGAGUACUACUUCCCCACCUACGAGAACGACGGCCUGCUGUGCACGCUGUCCGACAGCGAGGGCGACCUGUCAGCCCCGGGGCAGAGCAGGGGCGUCACCGUCAUCAGUGAGGACACGUCCCAGCUCCAGGCGCUGAGGCAGAGCAGCGUCCUGAACCAGCUGCUGCCGCGGGGCUGGGAGGGCUGACACGAGCCGGGAGUGUGAACCGGAGCCCCAGCCAGGGAUGCGUCCUGGCCAAAAUAAACUGAAAAAUGAU